CGGUGCACCCCGCCACCCUUGUGAGGAUAAGCGGCAAAAGAAAAUGAACGAAUGAAAAAGAUCCGUUUGUGCACAUUUGGCCCUUCAAGAAUAUAUGAUUUCAUGUUUUUAUUGAUAUAUGUAAAUGUUCCGGGUAUCCCUUUGAAUUGGUUUGCGCACUUUUCGACUUCAGAUUAUAUUUAGGAGGGGGUCAGAUUUGGGGUGAUGAUGAUGGGAUCGGAAGAAUGACAUUUUUCCAAAAAUAUUGAUAAAAGCAGUCAUUGAGAAGGACGACUACUCCAACUCUAUCAGCGGCCAUUACCGCUACAUUUUUAAUUGUUGUUUUGACGGCAGCCAUUUUUGUUUUUUUUUUUUUUGGAAGAAAAUCCCAAAGUGAAGGCCCCGUCGGCCGCGGUGCGUUCACGGGCUUGAGGAGGUGGGGGUGGGGAGGUUCCGCGACGCCCCCUCCCUUCCCGAAGCACAAGCAUUCCCCCCCCCCCCCCCGCGCCUCCCCUUUCUUCGGCUUUCACAUCCGGGUUAGGCGCCGCUGUUUGUCUGCUGCGUUCGUGCGUCUGGACGGCGGAACCGUUUUCGCUCCCCCACCCCGUCCAGAAGGACGCGCCGCGGCCUCUCUCGCCCCGACUCGGCGCCUCGCAGAGCGGCCGCAGCUCCCGGCGCGAGUCGGCGAUGUCGCCCAGCUGCGGCGGGGCGGGCACGAGGCGCCGGCGGUGCUGAAAGCGGGCAGCGCGCGCGGCCUCUCGCGUCGCCCCUCGCGACCAUGUCGAAAAGCCUCAAGAAGAAGAACCACUGGACCAACAAAGUCCACGAAGCCGUCGUCUGCCGCGGCAAGGACGGCGAGCUGGGCUUGGAGCUGAAGGGGGGCGCCGAGCUGGGCCAGUUCCCCUACUUGGGCGAGGUGAAGGCGGGCAAGGGGCUCGUGCAGAGCGGCAAACUGGCCGAGGAUGAGCUGCUCCUGGAGGUCAACGACAUGCCCGUGGCCGGCCUCACCGGCCGGGACGUGCUGGCCGUCAUCAAGCACUGCAAGGACCCGGUCCGCUUCAAAUGUGUCAAGCAAGGGGGCGUCGUUGACAAGGACCUGCGGCACUACCUCAACCUGCGCUUCUCCAAAGGCUCCGUGGACCACGACCACCAGCAGAUCAUCCGAGACAACCUGUACCUGCGCACCGUCCCCUGUACGACCAGGCAGCCCAAGGAGGGCGAAGUGCCGGGGGUGGACUACAACUUCGUGACCGUGGAACGUUUUAUGGAAUUGGAGCAAAGCGGAGCCUUGCUCGAGAGCGGAACCUAUGAAGAUAACUUCUACGGCACCCCCAAGCCGCCAGCAGAACCGUCCCCGGCGGCCCCCCCCCUUAAUGUGAGCGAGGCCCUGCUGCCCGGAGCCCGGCCCAGCGCCCAGGGCAAGAGGAAGAGGAACCAGUCGGUCAGCAACAUGGAGCAGCGAGCCAGCCUGGAGCCGCCCGAGGAGGAGGAGGAGGAGAGCCCCGUCGUCAAUGGCAACGGAGUGGCCAUCACGCCAGAGUCCAGCGAGCACGAGGACAAGAGCACGGACGCGUCCGGGGAGGUCGCCGUGGAAACCUGCAGCCAGGCGGCAGCCGCCAGCGAGGCCCCCGCCGAGGCGGAGGACGCGCCCAAAUCCCCGGACGAGUCCCCCGACAAAGUCCCGGACGUGGACGAGGAGGAGCUGGGGCCCCUCCCCGACAACUGGGAGAUGGCGUACACGGAGAAGGGCGAGGUCUACUUCAUCGAUCACAACACCAAGACCACGUCCUGGCUGGACCCUCGGCUGGCCAAGAAGGCGAAGCCGCCGGAAGAAUGCAAGGAGGACGAGCUGCCCUACGGCUGGGAGAAGAUCGACGACCCCAUCUACGGCAGCUACUACGUGGACCACAUCAAUCGCAGGACCCAGUUUGAGAAUCCCGUCCUGGAAGCAAAGCGGCGGCUGGAGCAGCAGCGGCAGAUCCAGAGUCAGGGCCUCUCCGCUCUCCCGCUGCCGACCAUCUACAGAGAGAAGCCGCCGUUCACGAGGGACCCCACCCAGUUGAAGGGCACCUUUCUCUCCACGGGCCUGCAAAAGAGCAACAUGGGAUUCGGCUUCACGAUAAUCGGCGGCGACGAGCCCGACGAGUUCCUGCAAGUCAAGAGCGUCAUUCCGGACGGGCCGGCCGCUCAGGACGGAAAGAUGGACACGGGUGACGUGAUCGUGUACGUGAACGACAUCUGCGUGCUGGGCACGACGCACGCCGACGUCGUCAAGCUCUUCCAGUCGGUGCCCAUCGGUCAAAGCGUCACCCUGGUGCUGUGCAGGGGCUACCCCCUGCCCUUCGACCCCGAGGACCCCAACGCGGCGGCAGGCAGCUCCGUGACGCCCAUCGGGAUGGAGCGGCGCCCCCUGGUGGUGAACGGCCGCGGGGGCUACGAUCCUUACCUGGAGUAUCUUUCCCUGAGCUCCCAGCUGCCCGGUCAGGCCCUGGCGCAGGCCCACCCGGGCGACACGCACCUGGACGGCUCCUCGCUCCCGCCCGCCACACCCGGCUCGGCGUCGGCGCUCUCGCCGCACGAGGACAACCCGCCCGCGGCGGGCGUCGCCGGGGCCGCGCCGCAAGCUGCCGAGCUGCUGACGGUUACCAUGGUGAAAGGGGCGGAGGGCUUCGGCUUCACCAUUGCCGACAGUCCCACCGGCCAGCGCGUCAAACAGGUUCUGGAUCCGGGCUCGCAGGCGGCGUCGGGCCUGAUCGAGGGCGACCUGAUCCUGGAGGUGAACCAGCAGCCGGUGGCGGCGGCGGGCCACGGACGGGUGGUGGAGAUGCUGAAAGAGUGUCCCGUCGGCGCCGAAGCCACGUUGCUCGUUCAGAGAGCGCCACCAGGCCACAUCUCCCCGUGGAAGGCCGCAAAGCAGCUAGCCGAGCAGUGGGACCCGCACGGCAGCCCCCGGGCCAACCCGUCGGGUCCCGUCCUGCCCCCGGGGACCCCCUUCCCCAACCAGCCCCAGCACCGCACGUCCGUGCCGGACUCCACCGAAGGCUUCGACCUGAACAAGCCGGAUCCGUACGACCUUUACGAGAAGUCCAGGGCCAUCUACGAGAGCCGACGUCCGGAGUACGAAGAGGUGGAGGUGCACCUGCUGAGGGAGAAGACGGGCUUCGGCUUCCGCAUCCUGGGGGGAGACGAGGCCGUGCAGGCUGUGAGUCCGGACGCCCGUGACAAGAUCGUGAUCGGCGCCAUCAUCGAGAACACCCCCGCCGAGCGCGACGGCCGACUGCGGCCGGGCGACGAGCUCAUCUCGGUGGAUAAAAACGUGGUCGCCGGCAAGCCGCACAAGUACGUCAUCGACUUGAUGCACGCCGCCGCGCGCAACGGCCAAGUCAGCUUGACCGUCAGGAGGAGGCUGCACAUGCCCGGCGAAGGGUGCCCCGUAAACGGCCGCAGCCCCAGCUUGGUGUCCACUCAGCACAGCUCGCCGCGCAACGACGGCGCCGCCGCCGCCGCCUCGGAGGGCUCGACCCUGCACACCUGCGACGUGCUCAUUCGCCGCAAGGAGAACGAAGGCUUCGGCUUCGUCAUCAUCAGCUCCCUCAACAGGCCGGAGAACGCCGCCGUCAUCACCGUGCCCCACAAAAUCGGACGCAUCAUCGAGGGCAGCCCCGCCGACCGCUGCGGCAAACUGAAAGUGGGCGACCGGAUCCUGGCGGUGAACGGCCAGUCCAUCAUCAGCAUGCCGCACGCCGACAUCGUCAAGCUCAUCAAGGACGCCGGCCUCGCCGUCACCUUGCACAUCAUACCGGAGGAAGGCUCCCAGUCCGGGCCCGGCUCGGAAAAGCAGAGCCCCAUGACCCAGAAACACGGCGGCCAGCCCGGCCCCGGAGCCCCGGCGAGCCAAGGCGGCGCUCAGGCGGCCCCGCAGCCGGGUCAGACGGGCCAGGCCUCCUCCGUCCAGCCCGCUCAGGCGCCGGCUCAGACCGGCCAAAUCCUCGUUUGUCCUCCGGCGCCGGCGACGUCGCACCCGCCGCCGGCCGCGACGCAGCAGAGCCCCGUCGGCCAUCCGUCUGGACUCCCGCCGCAAGUCUACCUGCACGACGGAAGGUCAGAGGUUAAAGCCAGACAGGAUGUGAAACCUGACUUCCGCCAUCCUCCGUUCACUGAUUACAGGCAACCCCCCGUAGACUACCGGCACCCGCCGGUGACCGAUUACCGGCAGCCCCCGACGCUGGACUACCGGCACCCGCCCGGCCUGCUGGACUUCAGACAGCACACGGCGGCCGCGCAGUUCCCCCUGGGGCUCGCCGCGGAGUUUCGGGCGCAGAUUCCGCCUUUGCAGGACUUUGAUUACUUCACAGUGGAACUGGAGAAAAGCUCCAAAGGUUUCGGUUUCAGCAUCCGGGGGGGCCGAGAGUACAAGAUGGACCUGUUUGUGCUGCGCCUCGCCGAGGACGGGCCCGCCGUACGCAACGGCAGGAUGAGGGUCGGGGACCAAAUCAUCGAGAUCAACGGCGACAGCACCCGGGACAUGACCCACGCGCGGGCCAUCGAGCUGAUCAAGGCGGGGGGCCGCAGGGUCCGACUGCUGCUGAAGAGGGGCACGGGCCAGGUGCCCGAAUACGACUGUGUCGGCCCCUGGGAUUCCCUUCCUACAAUCCACGCUUCCCUGCCGGAAGUGACCCCGGAAGCCCAACAGAGUCCAUCGCCCGCAUCCCGUCCGGCCGCUUCCCUGGAUUCCCCUCAUUCGCUCCCUCUCGAGGCCGCGGCGGACAAAGCUCCACAGGCGACGACGGACCACAGCCCCUCGGCUCGAGGGGCCGCGGGCGGCAGGUCCACCCAGCAGAAGGCCGCGAUCCGGGGGAAAGGGGGGGAGGCCGAGCGCGGGCCUCGGGUUUUGCCCGCCAAAGCCAUCCUGGGGAGGCAGAGGGACGCUUGCUCCCCCCGCUUUGACAGAAAGGGGGCGGGCACCCAGGCGGUGGGCGCUCUCUGGCCGUGGGACCCCUACCUGAGCGUCACUCCUGACGGAGCCCCUCUGGCUGCUGGGGGCGGGGAAAGGCUGCUGAGCAGGGGGCUUUACCCCAGAGAGGAGGAGCGUCCCGGGGGCCACUCCAGCCUCUGCUGCCCCUAUAAGAGCGCCGAGGAACCCCCCGCCAGGAGAGCCGCCUCCGCCGCCACCUCCCCGGGGCCCUGGAACAUCCCCGGGCCGGAUAAUCUGCCUGCCACCCUGAGGUCCUGGACCUCCACUGUCAGCAGGUAGACGGGAUCACUUUUCCCUCCUUCAUCCGCCCCUCAACUCAUUUGCGAGAGGAUUAUGACACCCGCCACCUUAAAAAAGAUGAUCAACGCUCACAAGUUGUUGUUGGAACGCAGCGUGAGGAGCCCCGAGAUGCAGACAGAAGAACUUCUAGAACGCGUUUCCCAACCAUUAUGGGCUAUUUGCAGUGGAUAAGACCGCGCCCCUGACAAUAAUCCCCCCCCCCCCGCCUCUAUAAAUAGAUUCAAGUGUAAAAUAUACAAGAAACCACUUUGGUAUCAUCCCAAACUGAAAUGGCUCCAGUGGUUAGGAAUCACGGUUCUACCGGUCCGUCCCGCGUUGCUCCUCACAUGCCUAACAAAAUAUAUCAUAUACUGUACUGUAAAUGUAAAGAUGUCAAAAAAAAAUGUGUACAUUUGUUGUUGUAAACAAGCAGAUGACAAGAGGACCGGAAAAACAUUAGAUCCCGGACCGACUACAUAUCGAAGACACGGCCGCAAAAUGGCCGCCCCUUGCAUGGGAUUUCCCGGAACGUGAACGAGGACAACUUGGUUCUCUUUUUCUUUUUUUUUUUUUUAUAAACUAGCGACUGCAGAUGAAGAAAAAGAAAUCCCACUAGUACACCGAGUUCUGUACGCAGGCAUCCGUCAACCGUUGUGCAGUGUCGUCAUAUUUAUGGGAAGCCAUUUCAGCUAUUAUACCCCACCACCAUAUCCUUGAUAUGCGACGCAAAGGAUCUAUGUACUAGUAUGCUCUUUGUCCUCACUAGCAUCUUAAAGGUGCCAUUUUUUUUUUUUUUUACCCAAAAACUGUUUUCUAUUAUUGGGGACGUAAAAUUGACUCCAUGGUCCCACGGUGAGAUUGUGACACAUGAAUUGCAAUCAAAAUAAAGUAAAAAAAAAAUGCAUUUUUCUUCCCAUAAUCGGCUCAUCCGAACUUCUCAAGCUUAUCUAGGUCACUAGCAAAGAUCUACGCCUUCCUUUCCGCAACAUCGCAAACGAGUACUCCGACCAAUCAGAGUGUUUGCCAAAUAUGGUCAAAGCGGAUACAAAACUGGGUCAAACAGAAGCAGCUGUCGGGGGGGGGGGGGGGGACUUUUCUGGACACUCGUAACAAAACAAGGUGUUUUGUUUUGUUUUGUUUUGGGUUUAUUUUUCACAUGAAACUGACACUUUUAUACUCAGUCCACCAAAGUCCAUGUUAGAGACUCUCGAAAAUAUGGGACCUUUUAGCCGCAUAUCAAGGACAUGAAAAUCCUCAAACGCCUUUCCAAACAUCUUCAUUAAGUGCUCUAAAAACAAGGUGGGGAAAAAAAGAAAAGAAAAACCGCUUCAUCGCUCCAGUCCAGUCCUAAAAGCCUUUUAACUGUGCUACGUGUACCACAUCACUGUGGGAGGGGGGCAUCAGUAUGAGGAAGACGAGGAGGAGGCCGAGUGCCUUGCUCAAAACCAACGCAUGGGGGGCAGCAGGUGGCGCCCCUCAACGGUUGGUCUGUAGCAUCGCUGCUGGUCAUAAUCAUAAUCGGAGAUGCAAAAGUACGAUAGGUAGCAGGUCAAAGUCUAUGUCAGAAUUCAUAAAAAAAUGAUAAGCGUGCCAAAAAGUAUUUGAAAAGGGUCCGAAGUAAAUCAUGACUGUCAACAAAGUAGUUUUUAUAGUAAUAUUGUCAUAUUUAUAGUCAUUGGGCACACUAUCAACUGAAUAUUAAUGUUGCCAUGAUUAGCUAAAAAUAACAUUUAACCCCCCCCCCCCCUCCCCCUUCACAGUACCACAACACAAAGAGAGAAAGUGUUGCGCUAACAAGCAGGUUUUGCUUUUUUAAAUUUAUUGUUGUCACACAAAAGUGACAAGAAUAUGCCGGAUCCGGUUCAAGUUCAACUGUGAUAUGAAAAAAAGAAAACUGGACUUAAUGAUUCAAUUUGAAAAAAUGCAUUAGACAAAGUUAAGGAAAAAAUACCUCAAUUUUAUAUAUAAAAAAAAAAAAAAAAAAAACGACAACUGUACUUAAUUCUUUCAUGUAUUACACGAUCCCAAGAUUGAAACACUAACACUGGGCCAGUUCUCCUAAUUAUGCAAAAUAAUUCAAAAUGCGCUGCAACAUAUUUUGGGGACAUAUUUCCAACCGCUUAACCUGGAAACCGACCGUUUCCAUUUUUGAAAUGGCAGCAUAAUUUUUUAAUCGCCUUUGUUGAG